ACGCGAACUCCGUCAGCCGUGUCGUAUCUUUGAGGUCGACCGCGGGAAUCGAAAUGCAGAUAUCAACCUUGGACUUGUCUUAACAGCCAAUAUCAUACAACACGUUAUUAUUGUAAUACGGGCACCUGUAGGUCACGUCUAAAUAGAUAAUAUCCAGUAUCCACCCUAGAACGAACAUUUCACGCCGCUUCUCGGACACCGACGGAAGUAUAAUAACUUAAUUAUUAUUUGUAUUAAAAUUUGCCGUUUCUAUUUUAUUUUAUUUUUUUCUAUGUUGUUGUUUGUCGCCCCGAAAAAACGUAUUACCUUCGAUAAGGAAGUGACAACACGCGGACCGUGCAAUCGCGGGAUAACAUUAUUAUAAUAUCGGCACCAAAGAGCUGUCCGGUCUCCGUCACUUGACUACCAUAAAAUGACGGGACGACGAUCGUUUCAUGAAGGUAGGUUCAAACCGUUAUUAUUAUCGCGGCGGUUUGUCCUCUCCGUGAGUAUUUGUCUAAUAUUAUCGAACUGCAUUGGCGACGAUAUUAAUUGAUCGCGUUUUUGUACCAAUAUAAUAUUAUUAUGUGAAAAUAAUAGCUACUGGUAUGGCGGUAAUUUUGUGGUGUAUUACAAUUUCGUCGACUUUGCAAAGGGACUUUCUAAUACCGAGAUGGAUGCUUCACGUGCCCGACGAUAACAUGACCGGCGUACCGAUAUCCGUGUUACAACUAGAAAAAAACGUAUUACAACCCGCGAAAUUGAAUUUGCAAAAUAUGUUCAGCUUUCAGCAACAAUUGGAAAAAUCUCGAUCAUUACAGGUUUGUAUAGCAACAGUAUUCAAAAAUAGUAUAAUAAUAAUCUUGAUGUCUAUAUGUAUACUUAAAUUUAAUUUUAUGGUGUUUUCGGAUAACACUAUAGAAAACUCAGGUACAGGUGUCGAAUUCGACAGAAUUCUUUUGCAAUACAAACGGUACGAGAUCGUCAACGCGGCCGACAAGCGUACACAAAUUAAGACCAGGAGACAUAGAUAUAAUCGGAAGUAUCGGCGAUUCAUUAACAGCGGGCACUGGGAGCUUAGCUUAUAGUAUUCAAUUAAUUUUCGUGGAUUUCCGUGGAACGUCGUGGACAGGCGGUAUGGUAUUAUUUAACUGGCAUCUAAAUUCAAAGGAUCUGCACUUUGAUGACAGUUUAUUGUACUAAAAUAAGGAAACUAGCUUUGUAAUAUGCGGUCCGUAUAUUGUGGUGUACCGUGCCCGACGAUCACGCAUGAACGAUAAUUUCAAACGAUAAAACCCAUAGCGCAUGAUGUUAACAAGUAUGAGGAUAUUCUCUAACGAAAAAAUACGACACUAUAAUCUUAUCUAUAUGGAAUUCCACGGUUUUUAAUUUUCAUGAACUACUCGUAUGUUUUGAAUCAGAAAUAUUGCUCCAAUAGAUAAACAACAAGAAACCUUUUUUUUUUUACAUUUUUAUUUUAGUUAGUGACCAAGAAAGUCUUCAACUAUUUAUAGACAUUUUAAUUUUACAAGUUUUGUACGUAAUUAUUAUUCGGUAUGUACUCUGUAGAUACAAUUAUUAGACUAAUUAGAAAUGUUUGAAAGUUUAACAGAAGAUUCAUUAUAAGUCGUACUUAGUGGUAAAAUAUUUAGUGUAAUAUAUAUAUUUUUUUUUUUUUUUUUUGGUUAAUAUCAAAUUUUGAUGAAAAUCGUAAAUAUUACGGCCUUUCAAAACAUGUAGAACCGAACCUAACUCUGAAUAGUUUUUCAUUAACAAUAGUUUAUCGACGUAUGCAGAUAUAAAUUAAUUAACUUAAUGUAUGUUACCAUCACAACUUCCAACCUAAAACAAUGGCACACAUACCCGCAUAUCACCUCUUUUGUUUUUGUUAAUACAAUAUUUAUUUACACUUGAAUUUAAUGAUGAGCAGGUGGACAAAAUACGUGGAGAGAAUUUUUAACGAUACCAAAUAUUUUGAAAGUCUUCAAUCCGAAAUUGUUCGGUUAUGCGCGUGGAAAUUCAGUAACCUUACAAAAAGACUCUCAAUUUAACGUCGCCGAAGUCGGUGCCGUGAGUAGAGACUUGUUGUUUAUGACAAGAGAAUUGGUGAAACGAAUCAAAAUGGAUAAAAGGGUUAAUCUAAACGAAGACUGGAAGGUAAAACAAAAAUGUGUUUGCAUAUAAUAAUAAAAAUAGUUUAUUUUAAAAGCGUAUAGCACUUUUUAAGUGUAUUAUAAAUUUCACUGUAACACUGAAAUUAUUCGGAUGCAUGAAUGAUUGGCAAUGUAUAUGGUAUACCAGUAGUCUUGAUUAGUCGAUUAUAAUGGUAUAAAUUCUAUGAAUUUCAAAAAAUGUCAAACAUAUACAAACAAAUUACGGAUUAAAAGGCGGCAGUAUUGGAAAACCUAAAAUCCUAAAAGGGUGCCAGUAUAACCAUACGUUGCUUAUUGUGCCUUUAAAGACAUAUAAUAUUUAAUUAGAAAAAUAUAAUUUUUGUGAUAAUAUUAACUUGCAUCUUUUUGUUUUCAACAGUUAAUAUCCUUAAUGAUUGGUUCAAAUACAUUUUGUCUAGAAAUAUGUUACGAAGACUAUACGACCUAUGCUGAAAAACACAAAAAAGAAGUUUUACAGUCUUUGUUAUAUCUAAAAGAAAAUCUUCCACGAACUAUGGUUAACUUAAUUUUAAGUCCAAGUAAGAAACACUAAGUAUAACAAGUAAUUUAAAAUAAUUUAAUAUACCCACUUAACAUAAAUAAAGUGGACAUUCUUGGAACAUUUAAGCGAUUUUAAUGAAUGUAACAGAUGGGCACUUUUAAACUAUGUAUAAUUUGGUAGGUAAUAUCUACUUCUACUCUAACAAGUAAGCACAGUCACAUUUUGUUCGAAAAUUGGGCCAUACAUUUGCUACGGAUAUAUUUCCACGGUCACGUAUGGAUUAAAUUGAAUUUUUUCACGUAUAAAAAUCUUGAAAUAAAUCUUCACUUUUAUUCUGAAAUAAAAAAAAAUAAAUAUAGUUUUAAACUUUAAAAAAUCAUUUUUCUGUUUAAAAAUUUUUUUUUCUUAAAUACGUUAAAAUUUUAAUAAUUUAAAAUCGUCCAUAACGACAAUUAUCAGCUUCGUGUAAAUUAUGAAAUAAUUAUAUUAUCACAAAUAUCUAAAAUAACUAGAAUUAUCAACAUGUAGAAUUCGCGGUCUUGUGUACGAAAAAAAAAAAUAAUAAUAAUGUUACGAAUAAUAUUAUCCGUUUCCUUGUUAACCAAAUUAAGAACUGUGACUAUAUGUACUAAUAAACUAUACAGUCAGACGGCUACAAAGGGGAUUUAAGGUCUUUAGAAACCUAAUUUUGUGUAUGUUUUUAGAUUUAGAAUUUGAAUUAAAUUUAAAUAACCUGCCGCCUAUUUGUUUCCUAACUCAAAUCAUGGAAUGUCCGUGUUUGUUCGCUACGCAGUAUAAACGUUAUUUGCCCGAUUAUAUCGAGGUAAUGAAAUCGUAUCAAAAAGUCGAAAAGGAAAUCGUAAGUACAAAUGUAUAAUUAGUGUUAUUAUUAGUACUAGUAUUAGCAUAAGUAAUAAUUAUAAAAUAAUAUUUUUUCAAAUCGAGAUCGGUACAUAGUGUGAUAAUUCUAUUAUCUAUAGAAACGAAUAUACAUAAAGAUACUCUAAUAAUUAUGCUGUAUGCGUGAUCAGUGUGCCGUACGAUGUAUCGAUACAUAGUAUUUAAAACGGUGAUAUAUUAUAAUAUGAAUGGUUUUACAUAUAGGUACUCUAAUAAUUAUGUUACUGAUGUGUCGAUGAAUCGUGUUAAAUUUAAAUAGUAUUAAAAAUGGUGAUAAAAAAUAUUGUUAACGAAGCCAAUAUAUUAUUCGUUUAAAAAAUACACUGGUUGGUAUUAUUAUUAUUUCCGGGGGCUAUCGUAGGUAUGUGUGUGUGUGUGUGUGUGUGUGUGUGUGUGUGUGUGUGUGUGUGUGUGGGUGGGUGUGUGUGAGGGUGGGUGUGUGUGUGUGUAUGUGCGCGCAUAAUUAACAAUCGUGAUAUUAUCCUUAGUUUAAAACUGUUGGUCGAUGAUAACAGUGGUUAUAAUAAUUAUAUUUUCGUUGACAAAAAUCUAUGUACAGGAAGACGACGACGAUUAUAUAAUAUCUAUGAAAGUACGUAUAAUAUUUUUGUACAGGCACUUAUAAUUACGAUGCAGACGAAAAGGGUGUACAGGAUAGUGCGGGGUGGUUUAGGUUAUAUGACGGAUAUGAUAACAUUAGCAUUUGCAGGAAUGUAUAGACCAUCGACAUUGCUAAUAACCAAUUUGUUUUUGUAUUAAUGUGCAUAAUAAUAUGUUGUUGUAUAGAUAAUAUUUAACAUUGGGUAUGGAUAGAGUGUCGACGAGGUAAAGCGAGGAAUAUUAUAUUUAUUAAAUUUCGUAAGUUUUUCCGUUGUUUUCGUUUUUUCGCAUUUAAUAAAUAAAACUCUUAAGAAAAUAAAAAAAGACAUCUUUGAAGUUUAUUCCCACGCCGAUUUCCUUUCAAAAAAGGUGCUACACAUAGAAAUCUAAGCAAGUAUUCUGGUAGAAAAGUUGCGCACAGAUAAAAAAAAAAAUAAACAUCUUUGUAAAACCAUAAGCUUCUUCACUCCACUCAGAAUCUAAAAUAUUUGUGUAUUAUCAACAGAUUGUUUAUAUAGGAAUACUCAGUGUUGAAUUCCAGUAUAUGUUAGGGUGACGCGAUAGCCCCCACCUUGAAAUUUCGUUUGCCCCUUGUUUAAUGUGGGUAAAUUUAUAAUUAAUUAAAUAAUUAAACAAAUUUGACUGAUCUUAGUAAGAGGGUAGAUAAGGAAAAAUAAAGAUUAUUACUAUAAUUUUAAUAAUACCCUCCUCCCUCAGAAAAAUUGUCUGGAUUCAAGACUGUGUAUACUAUAAUCACGUGUGACUAUAUACUAUACUACAUGAUUUUUUUAUUUUUAGGUAGAACACGAAGAGUUAAAAAACAAAGAGGACUUUACGGUUAUUCUUCAAACGUUUACAGAAAAUUUUACGUUUCCGAAUAAUCAAUUUAACAUGUCCGAUACGAGAUACUUGGGAUCGGACUGUUUUCAUUUAAGCCAGAAAGGUUACGCUAGUCGUAAGAAUAUAAAAUAUAACGUUGACUUAAAAUAAGAGGAAUUUAUGAACCAAAAACAGAUUUUUGGAACAUAAAUUAAUACCAAUUGUAAUCUAUUUUUCGAUUCUGAACAUAGCAAAGAAUGUAUUGGUUUCACUAUGUGCUGCUUUUUUUUGUUUUUUGUCUCUGAUCAACUUUUUUACUAAAAAUCUUGAUUCAAUCAAAAAAUGAUGAGAGAAUUUUUUUGUUGAAUAUUUAUCUAGUUAGAGACCAAGAAAGUCAUUUUUUUUAAUUUUCUUUGUAGAUUUUUAAAUAAUUAAGCAAAACUGGAAAAUACGUAAAAAUUACAGCCAAAUUUACAAAAAUGAUAUUGUUAUUAUUUUAAAUUUUGUUUUUUUUUUUUUUAAUAUACUUCAGUUACAAAUAUUUUUAGAGACUGGAAAUUUCGAUAAAACAUAUAUUCGCUUUUUAUAAACAUGAUAAAAUUUUCAAAACGUUUGAGCCAUUUUUUGAGUUAUUAAUAGACAUUUUAAUUUUACGAAAUGUUUCAUAAUUUUUAUUUGGUAGGUACUUUGUGGUUACAUUCGUUAGACUACACUGCCAUGCUUGAAAAUUUGGUAAGAUUUUCAUUACAAGUCGUCCUUAGUAGUCAAAAACUUAGUGUAACCGAACUUCACUCCUAAUCGUUAGUCGUUAGCAAUCGUUUAUUGUUAGUCACAGGUAUAAAAACUAAAUAAAUGUAUGUACCUCAUGUUCCCAGCUACCCACUUACAACAGUAGCUGUAUCCCUCCCCAGUGUCAGCUUCUUUUUGUCUUUAAUUCGAUAAAAAAUAUUCGUACAGACUUUAAAUUAUCAUUCAUAUAUGAUUUAUCUUUUCCAAGUGUGGUAAAAGUUUUAAAAUUGUGUGGCGAUUUUUGAGUAAUUCAUUUAAUAUUUUUUUUUACAUUUUAGAUUUUCUUUGGCAAAAUUUAAUGAAUACAUUUAUUUGAACUAACUGAAAUUCUUGGAAAUUUAACAUGAUAUAUAUUGUAUGUAUUUAGUGGUCAAGAAUAAAUAAAAAAAAAUCGAAUAUUGUAAAUAUUACGGUAUUUUAAAACAUGAAUAUUGUACAAUCGCAUUUCGGAUCAGAAUUGUUUUUCACUAUCAACGGUUUGUCAUUCCUUACAGAUAUAAAUCAAAUCAUUCUAUGUAUUCUCACCUACAAUAGUCACACACCGUGUCCUUAUAGUAGUAACUGACCUUAAAUUAGUUACAAUAACCAUACAGCAGUAGUUAAUGUACAAAAUAGCUGAUUAAUUGUACGAACUAUAAUUUUAAAUGUCUAGUUCUAGUAUCUACUUUAUCCAAGAAAUAUGGCUAACGAUGUGUACUUUAUCCGGACAAUGUGCACAUCAGCCACAUUUUAGAAUUAAGCCGUAAAAUGUAUAAUAUUUUUCAGUUGCAAAUGCAUUAUGGAAUAACAUGUUGGAACCGGUUGGAAACAAGUCGAAGGGUUGGUCCGAAGAAUUCAGUCGGUUUCUUUGUCCAUCAGCCGAAUUUCCGUAUAUCCGUACAUGGAAAAACAGUUGACCGUGUUUAAAUUUUAAAUAUUUAAGAACCAACCACCUCAAAAAAUUGUCCUUGACUUACAUUAUAAGUACUUACUGUGACGAAAAAAAUGAUACCAUCACUAAAAUUCGUUUGUGACUAUCCGUUCGCGAAUUACGGUGAUGUUUAACAUUGCACGUGACGUCACGGAUUCAUAUACAUAUAUAUAUAUAUAUUGAAAAAAAAAUUCAAACAUACAUACACGUUCCUUUUUAUAUGUGAUUACCGUAUGGCAGUGAAAUUGUUAUUUACGUGGUUUUAUAAUAUACUACUAUAUUUAUAGUUAUCUGGAUAUUUAAUUGGGGUAAAAUGUAUGAUAAGCAUUAAAUUAUCUUUAAUAUACUUAUAGUUAUCAAUAAUUAAAUAUCAUACAUCUUAGGUGACAUAAUUUUAAAAUUGACUUUAGGCAAGCUAAAUUACGAUUCAGACAGUCCACUGAGUGGCUGUGGCCACAUAUACCAGGUUAUCCAUUUAAAUGGGUACACUCAUUAUCUCGGAAAGUAUUAACUUUUUCCGAAAUUUGUUUUUUAUAAGAUUUAUGAAACAAGUUGAUUUACAAUUUUUUUUUUAUAUUAUUUUUUGUCACUCUCAUUUUGAGAGGUGAAACUACUACCUACUUUUGAUUUUCAAAUAGCAACCUAUAUUAAAAAUUCCAUAAAUAGAUCGAGUAUUAAUUAAAAUAAAUGUCAACACUAAAAUUUAUUUUAACUAAAAAUCGAUCUAUUUAUCGACUGCUUGUAUUAUGUGACGCAAAUUUUCUAUGUCUCGCGUUUGUAAGAUGGAGACAGUAGAAUUUGGUGUGGCGUCCAACCAAAAACGGAUAAAUAUUUUCGUAUUAAACGAAUCUGUAACGUCACUCGUCAUGUUAAAAAUUACCAUAACUAGCGGUUAAUAAAUGUAUUAUUUUUUGUUAAGCCAAAGAGUUAAACAAAAGUUUAACUCUAAAUUUUUCAAAGACGUUUUUUAAUUGAUUAAAUUAUUGUUGUUACAAU